AUGGAGCCACCUCCGCCGCCGCCACCGCCGCAUGGCACAAAUCCUCAAGGCGGUGGCAGGUCUGGAGGUCUCCCAAACGGCAAAUACGACAUUUUUGUCAUCCCUCCACAUUCCUCGGGCUCGGGCUUUCUCUACCUCCCCUCGCUUCAGACACACCGCAACUCCUUCCUGGCAGGAGUCUUCUGCACGGCAGCCUCCUUCUUCCUCUACUACACCGCCGUACCCGUUGUGAAAGAAUGGCUAUUGAGCACUAUCAAUAGUGGUGGGACAGGCGUUUUCUCGCUCAUCUGCGGCGUUGCAGUUGUUGCGUGGGCAUUUGGCAAGACCCAAAGUGAAUGGCAAAGCUACCCCGGCUUCAAUCGUGGAGGGUCUAACUCAAGAUCAGGCGAUCCAGGGGGUCCUGGCCAUAGCAGCUACGGCAACUCUGGAUCUUACACGCAACCUGGGCCUCAACCGAGCGCUCAGUCCCCUCCACCGCAUCCUCCAAAUCCUGGAGCCGCUGGCGGUCCUCCUCCUCCCCCUAAUCAUGGGACCAGCAGUCCUCCUCCACAGUCAUCGUGGCAGAAGCCUCCACCACAGGCCAACACGAAAGCAAACACUACCAGUGCCAAGUCUAGCUGGGAGAAGGCGCGAGAAGAGACGAGGAAAAGAGAGGAAGAGCGCAAGCGGGCGGAGGAACUGAAAAAACGGAGGGAGGAAUUGGAGAAGGAAAGGCAGAAACAGAAAGAUGAGCUGGAGAAGGAACGACAGAGGCAGGAAGAACUAGAAAAACAGCGCCAGAGGGAGAAAGAAGAGCUAGAGAAGGAGCUUCAACGCCAGAAGGAAGAAUUAGAGAGGGAGCGGCAGAGACAGAAAGAUCUCCUCGAGAGGGAGCGGUUGAAGCUGAGAGAAAAAGAAUUGCUGGAAAGACUGGAGCGGGAGCGGAAGGAGAAGAAAGAGCGUGAAGAGAAGGAGGCUGCCGCCAAAGCUGCCGCCGCUGCUGAAAAAGCGAAGCAGGAGCAGGCGAGUAGAAGCCCCCCCAAGCGUCCACCCAUGCCGACUGCGACCACGGAACGAGACGACGACGCAUACUCCUUCAGACCUUAUGACCGACCCAAACGAACACACAAAGCCAAUUCUGCGGCUUCGAUGUACUCAGAAUCAUCGUACGCCCCGUCCGAGAGCACCGCCAAAACCACACCGCCUCCUUCAAUGCGUGGACCAUAUUCGACCAAGGACCCUGACAAGAUUGUCAUCAAAGGCGUCUUUUCCUUCAAUAAUGCCUUUAUGCGGACCCCCAUUUCCCAGCUGGUAUCUGGACAAGGUAAUGUCACCGACGGACUGAUCUUGCGCAUCACAACCGAGGGCCUGUUCAUCGACGACGAUGUACGUGGAGUGCCACAGCGUGAGUGGGAUGUUAAGGCUUGGACGAUGAAACUGGCAGAGGUAUGGUGUCCCGAAUUUCUUUCCCCUGAGAACAUGGAUGUGUGUCCCCCUAAACGGAAAUUCUCUCUUGGAUUCGGAUUGCACGUCGACGCAAGGCGCGAUCCCCCUUCACCUUCGCCAAAUGAAUCGGUGGCUUUCGUCAGUAAGCUGCUGGAUACCUGCGGAGGCGUAUGCAAGAACAGGUCCCAAUCCCGGCCUCAGAGCUGCCUACCACGUUUUUCUUUGUCAAAUAAACCCGCGGCGGCCAAGCGACCACCUAUCGCAAUUGAUACUGACUCCAAUCUCACACAGAGCUGCGAACUCUCCGGGUUACAUGUCCUCCGCGCGAGCAUCCGCGACCAGGAAGGCAAGAAGUACGUUUUUAUCCUGUCUCAAUCCGAGGGUUGGAAGGUCGCUGUCGGUCUCCAGCGGUUGAGAAGGGGAACGCAAGUCCGUGCGCUGGGCGUCGCUGGACUGCCCAUGAACGAGGCGAAGGCAAUUCUAGAGAAUCUCGGAUUUGUCUAG